CUUGUGCAAGUCCUCGUACAUCAUGGCCUUUUUCCUACUGCACCUUCUCAACCACGCAUGGCUAUUUCCAUCGACCUACUCACAUUCUAUUGGGCAUUGUUUGAGCAUUCAUGUGAUGCUAUCCAUGUGCUCGCAUCUGCUCUGAAGACUCAUUAUUCCCGCAGAGGCUUUCAAAUGACUCAUAGGGAUGUAAGUUAA